AAUCCAUGCAGACGCCAACCGGGGCUCGACACGCCGAGAGCGGUCGCUCUUCCACGUGUUGCCGGCAGCCCGGCGAAUUCCACUCGAUGGAUAGAUGGAUAUCACAAAUGUAAUUGUGGGAUCGCAGGACCGCAAGUGGCUUUGCAAUAAGCACGUUGAGUAAACGUUGUGAAAAUGUGUUGAAUAUUGGAGGGAUGCAGUCAGCGAUUUCAAGGCUGCAACACGCCUUGGUUUCAAGUGUGGCUGUGCUGCAUGAAGUCUGCAGCGGGCUUAUUCGUCUCUUGAGUCUUGCCUCACAACUGGAGAGUAACCAUGGCUGAGAUGAGUCGAUCAAUGCAAAGAGAACUGCUGUUGCUGACACUCGUGGCUUGUGUCCACUUGUUGGUCUGUCCUUUUACUAAAGUGGAAGAAAGCUUCAACCUGCAAGCGACGCACGACAUACUAUACCACCGCUUGCACCUGGAUAAGUAUGAUCACCACGAGUUCCCCGGGGUUGUUCCAAGGACCUUCGUGGGACCGCUUAUUAUUUCAUUGCUCUCUGCACCAGCAGCUUUUUUCCUCUCAGCUCUUGACGUGUCCAAGUUUUACUCGCAGCUUCUAGUCCGAGGAUGCCUAGGUCUCUGUGUGAUUUAUGCAUUCUGGAAGUUUCAGAAAGAAGUUCGGAAACAAUUUGGCACAACGGUAGCUGUUUUUUAUUGUUGGAUUUCAGCAACUCAGUUUCAUCUUCUCUUUUACUGCACGAGAACACUCCCAAAUAUAUUUGCGUUGCCCAUUGUUCUCUUGGCAUUUACAGCCUGGAUGCAGCAGAAAUUUGGCACAUUUAUCUGGCUGUCUGCUCUAUCUAUCAUCAUAUUCCGAUCUGAACUUUCCAUAUUUCUCGGUCUCAUGCUGCUGUCAUCAGUAGUCAGUCGUCGAAUUUCAAUUUCCAGAAGUCUUUGCCAUGCAGUGUCAGCUGGAUUGGUAUGGUUGGCUCUAACCAUAUCUGUGGAUUCUAUAUUUUGGGGACGACUCAUUUGGCCUGAGGGAGAAGUACUUUGGUACAAUAUAGUUUUAAAUAAGAGUUCGGAAUGGGGAACAUCACCCUUUUUAUGGUACUUUUACUCGGCACUACCUCGGGCUCUUGGUUGUACCGUUGUUUUUCUGCCUCUUGGAGCACAGGACAGGAGGAGCUGGAGGAUGCUCUUCCCCUCAAUUGGUUUCAUCUUUUUAUAUUCAUUUCUACCUCACAAAGAAUUGCGCUUUAUAAUCUACACAUUUCCCAUCUUGAACGUUGUUGCAGCAAUGGGAUGUUCAUACCUAACGAUCAAGUACCACAAAUCCUUCUUUUAUAAAUUAGGAUUCUUUGCAGUGAUUGCACACCUGGUAAUAAAUAUCUGCUACACAGGAUUGUUACUAUAUGUAUCUCACCACAACUAUCCAGGUGGAGUCGCUAUGCAAAAACUACAUGAGGUUGUGCCUCCAACAGCAGCUGUUUCAGUGCACAUUGAUGUGGCUUCUGCUCAGACUGGUGUUUCCCGAUUUCUUGAACUCAAUCAAAAUUGGAGAUAUGACAAGAGAGAAGACUUUAAACCAGGAGAAGAUGGCAUCUUUGAAUAUACACACAAACUGAUGGAAAUGGAUCCAAAUUAUGUGUCACAGCACCAAAAAACUCAUAGAAUAAUGUUUAAUAUUUCUGGCUUUAGUGGAAUUGGAUUUAAUUUCUCUAAAAUACCUCCACUUUACAUUAAAAUCGAAACAAAAUUAGUGGCAUUAGAAAAAAUAGACACAUUGACGAGAAAAAAGAUAGAAAAUAUAACCAACUCUUCAGUUUGAACUCUACUUGUUCCACUUGGUGUUUCUACACUUCUACAUUUCUGGAACAAAACACAAAAUGCUGGAGGAACUCAGCAGAUUGGGCAGCAUCUGGGGUGGAAAUGCACAGAUGAUCCUUCAAACAUAAGUUAAAAGGAAAAUAGGUGACUGGGAUGGGAGGCGAGUAUUGGAGGAGGGGAAGGGAGCAUGGUCCAUGGGGGCAGGAGUUAGCAACCUGAUGAUCCAGCAGUAUUUGGCAAAGUGGUCGCCUAGUCUAUGCUUGGUCUCGCCAAUGAAAAGGAAGCCACAUCAGGAGCCCCAAACGUAGGUUUGAAGAGGUGCAUGUGAAACUGUCUCACCUGGAAGGGUGCUGGGGACACAUGCAAACUUGAACAGCAGCUCCUGUUCCAUUUGGGUAGAUUAUACCUAAUGGCAUGAGCAUUGCAUUCACAAAUUGCAAGUAAUAUCCUCUCCAUUCUCUUUCCCACACCCACCUUCACACAUUUCCAAUCCCAUAUUUCCCCUUUUAUCUCCCCCCAUCCACUUCCACCUCAUAUCUCUUCCUCUAGCUUUAGAUUUAACACCUUCUCUCAUCUAACACCAAUGUUUCCUUGUCACUUCUAACCUUUGUAAUUUACUCAAUUUGUCUGCCAACUAC